AUGUCGCUGUUCAAUGUCUGCAGCUGGUGGUCUGCCCAAUGCUCCGAUCCUGGACACGAGUACGAUGUGGCCAGCUUGCUGUGCGCUCGAUUUGGUCUGGAGGCCCAGGAGAAGGACUACAUCAUAGUGGGCUCACAGACGGGUCAGCUGAGUAUCUACUAUCCGCACCGCCGGGGUUACAAUGCCACCGAUUUGCUGCUGGAGACUCAGAUGGCGGCUCCCAUCCUGGGAUUAUAUGCGGGGAAGUUUAGUGGGAAUGUACGCAACGAAAAUGCCAACCAGUUGGGCGUGCUCUUGCCCAACGCCAUCGUUAUAUACAAUGUGGCUAUCGGCGGACUGGCCGAACAUGGCGCUCAGCUCCGACUCCAGUUGCAGGCGGAGCACAAGUUCCAGCGUGUGGCCUUUGGCCUAUGUCAGGGUCACUUUGGCCAGGUGAAGGGUCGCGAGUUCUUCUGCGUGGUGCAUUUGGAUGGAACGCUGACCUUCUACGAGCAGGAUGGCAUUUCCUACGAGUGCCGUUUUCCUGGUCACCGUGCCCUUCCCGCUCCGGUGGCCUAUUGCGAGCGCACGGAUAGCUUCUUUCGGUUUAGCGCUACCUGGGAUUUGCAGUGCUUUAGCUAUCAGGAUCUGUCCCAUUCGCUGGUCACUAAGAGCAGCUAUCAGCCCACCUGGACGCAGUGCGUUGGCGAGGGCAUUGUCGAUAUGCGGGUGGUGCAAGUCAAGGAGAACUGCUCCUAUAUUAUGAUCCUGGGCGAGCGGAACUUCAUCUCGCUGGAUGACAAUGGCAAAUUUAACUUUAUGCUGAAGCUGGACUAUGCUCCCAAGUGUUUCCACAGCUUUGUGGUGGGCUACUACUGGGAGCCUGGAGCCCGUCUGAUCACCGCCAUCGUUUCGGACUCCUCCAAGCUGCACCUGUAUGAGGAGGCCAAUAUUAUUUGGGCAGCGCAAUGGCCAAGUCAAUCUCCCGCUCCGGUAGCCAUUCAACGCUCCAGUCAGGGCCUAGCUGGUGGCAUCGUUACUCUGGGCGCCAAGGGACAACUGGAGGUGGGCUAUUUGGGUGCCGAUCCCUACCAAUUUCAUGUGCAACUAAACAUGGAGGAGCUGAGCUUCGCCCAGGCUCACAAGGAGCUGCAGCAGCUGGAGGACGAGAUCAAGGAGGCGGUGGAUGUGCGCGAUAUGGACGCCCUGAAUCAACAGGCGGCGGAUCAAGUGCGUCUCAGCUUCAGUAUCCAGCAAGAGGCCUGUGAUGUGGAUACACUGUUGCUGGACGUGCCGGCCGAUGUGGCCGUUAAGGAGCUGCCCUCUGCCAAGGGUUUGCUGCGCUGCAAGAUCAAGGCGGAGCUGGCCGAGCUGCAGGUGGUGUUCCAGAUGCCGAAUGGCGUUCGUUGUAGCCAGGAUACCUUGAGCUUUGUGGACGUGGCAGCGGGCACCAGUCAUGAGUUUAAGUUGGACUUUUACAUAGCAGAGUUGUUGCAUGUCCAUAGUACCAAGGUGGAAGUGGUGGCCUCCUUUGUGAGUCCUAGGGGCAUUCCAAGGGUCAUCCAGCAGAGUGCUCAUCUACCUCUGUCCAUGUUCUAUCGCCUUUGCCAGCCCCAGAAGGCGGCUGGUAUCAAGUUGACCUACAGCAUCACUAGCCCUGUCAUCCCCAAGUUGUUCACCUUUUUUGGGGAAUUUCUAGAGGAACACAGCGAUACCCGCCUGGGUUUACAGCUGCUGUGCCCGGGGCUGGAGAAGCAGUCAGAAGUAAUUACCGUGGUGGCAGCGAAGAACUCCAAUCGCAUACGCAUACAAUCGGAUUAUGUCGAGACCUUUGCCAUGAUCCUGGAGCGUAUUGUAGAGCGCACCCUUCAGCUGGAUAGCUCAGCGGGAUUGAUCAAGAUGGACAAGAAAAAGCCUAAGAAGGGAGUCCUCAACCGCUGUGUUGAGCGCCUGAUGGCAGCUCCCUUUAUACCAGCUCAGCCCAUUCUUCAUAGGAUUGAUGUGCAUUACGAAACUCAGCAAAGCAUAAGGAAGCAAACGGACCAACUGGAGGACCUGUGGCAGCAGUUCAAGCUUCAGCGUCAGCUCCAGGAGCAGUCGGAGGGCGAACCCAAAGAGGCCCACAUGCAAAUCGAAUCUAACUAUGACCAGUUGAUCCUGGAGGGUGAUAAGUGUGAGAUACGACGUGAUGAGCGCAAACAGCGCUGCGACCUCAAUUGCGCCGUGGCUUUGGCCAAAUGGAUUAUUCACGCACUGAACCUGGAGGAGCGCGUGGUCAAUGUUGUUAGCUCAGUGUUGAGUGUGCCCAUCGAGGAUUGGACUGAAUUGAGUUGGGAGGAAUCGAUGGCUCCCGGCAUCGAUAUGCUUCAUCAUUUCGGGCCGCUGACUCGGUCCAAGUCCACUUCGACUCACGGUUUGCUGGAUGCCAACGCCAGCUCCAAGGAUAGUUUUGAUUAUAGUCGAUUCCGUCGGCACUUUGCCACUCUCUUCGAUCGUAUUGUGCGCCUGGCAUCCACACCAGCUGCCAUUAAUCCCGCCGAGGUUACAGCUGAACCAUCGUCGGAGGAGAAGCCACCGCCAGGCUCAGCACAGCAGGUGGACGAAAUUGGAAACAUGCAGCGCAUGUUGGGCGAGAAGGGUUUGCCAUUGGCUCCACCCAAGCGUAGAACUAACAUGAGCAGCUCUCUGGAGGCCGUGGAGGACGAUGAGGAGUAUGAUGAGGAUGAUCUUCGCGAGGAUGUGGGCUAUCGGAAAGAUUACGGAGCCACCGACGAAAAGAAGAAUCCAGCCAACGCAAAGAAGCGAUCCGAAUGGGUCAACGAGGACUUUGAGCUGCCCACCACCGAGGAGCUGUUCAGCGACUUGGGCAUCUGGUGGUAGGUCUGGCUGGAUUGGGGAAACCAGUAACAA